GUGUGUUCUGCGAGAUUGACAAACAGCUAGGGUCCAGCGGAUUCUGCCGGCGGAAAAAUUGGCAGAAUUCCGUACUUUUUCUGGAAAAGACAAAACCAGUACGGUGCCCAUCAAGCAAGAUGUCACUGCAAGACCGCUAUCAGUCUACGACAUCAUCGUAUGGCCUUUCCCUGCUGUUCAUUUUCUGUGUUGUUAUGGAGGUUGAAGCAAGCCGGGAAGAAAUGGCUGUCGGAGUUAUAUGUGGCACGGCUCUUUUCCUUUUUGGUAUGUUCUUCUUCUUGUGUUACUAUCUUAAAAGGCGUUAUGAUGAGGAUGUUCUUGAUGCAGACUCGGGCGUUUUUGAUCUGGACGCAAAUGUUCACCCUGUGCAUUUCGGGGCAGGUGCUGGCUCUGUGCAUUUCCAUGCAUGUCACUAUGGCCCGGUGCAUUUCCAGGCAGACACUGGUACUGCUCAGCUGAACCCAGAUCAUGGAGUUGAUGUCGAAGCAGGUGCUGGCAAUGUUGAUCCCCAGGCACAUGCUGGCAAUGUCGAUCAUCAUCCGGGCCCAGAUGCUGGCAAUGUGGAUCUCGUGGCUAACGCAGGUGCUGGCAAUGUUGAUUUCCCGCCAGAUGCUGGCAAUCUUGAUCUCCAGGCGGAUGUUGGCAAUGUGGAUUUGAAGGCAGGCGCCGGCAGUGUUGACCUUCACCCAGAUUGUGGCAGUAUUCAGCUCGAGGCAGAUGCUUUCGAGGCAGAUGCUGGCAAUGCCGAUCUCGAGGCAGAUGCUGGCAAUGCCGAUCUCGAGGCAGAUGCUGGCAAUGCCGAUCUCGAUGCAGAUGUUGCCAGAGUUGAGUCCAGCCCUGCUGAGGUGCAGCCGGAUUCGAACGCGGAGGCGGAGUCCAAAUGUUGAAGUUCAGUCCCGUGUGUUCUGAGGCUUCUCCACCUGUAGAUGCGUGGGCACUUGCACUUGCACCACGAGCAGCAGCAGCUGGUGCUGUGCUAUGUACAUCUACUCCAGUUCAACCAUGUCACGCGGUUCGUCACCUGCUUUUCCAUGGCCCAUGCGCAAGCCCCUGCAGCUCCAACGGAUCUGCCCGGUGUUGAACUUCCAUGGGGGGGGGGGGGAAGCGCAGAGCCAUUCCAAGGAUCGUGAACAUUUGCAGACGAUAGCGAUGACGAAUCGGGCCUGCCCAGUCAAGAUGAUGUCAUCAGAGUAAGCAUACACCUCAUCACCUAAAUGUAGCUUCAUCGCUUACUAACUAAUACUUAUGAUUCUAUUAUCAAAGCAGCGCAUGGCACUGGCCAGCCUCUCGCAGGUUCACGAAUGGCUCUCUCCACGUGUCUUAGUUCAUUUUACUCAUUUAUCAAAAUUACAGAUAACAGAUAAAGAUGAAAGUCCCAGCUGAGCAUGUUUAGGCACCAUUGGUGGUACCUACAUGUAUGUCUAUGGGGUUUCUCCUUUCAAAACCUGCAGUACUUGUGAUCCUAUGUAUUUUGCCAGUUGUUGAUACAGACACAUGUCUGCAUUGAUAAAAAAAACGUUGUAGGUUUGAUGUGUCGAUGUACACGUAUUGCAUCUAUUCAUUCUAUUGCCAGAAAAAUUAAUGGUUGCCAUCAUUUUCAUCAUAGACUGAUAGCAGUGUAUUCGUUUUAGACGUGCAAUUGCGCCUACGUAUAUUGCAGUCAGCGUACAUUCAAAGAUUUUCAAAGACUUCGCGCAUUAUUAUGUUAUGGAGAUACUUGUGAAGGUAUGUAAUCGAUUUAUCCUUUCUAUUGUCUUAGCUGUCAACCGUGUCCUCCUUAUAAUGUAGCGU